CACAACCUAAGUAUUUGCACGUGUUGAAAAGCAAAAGAAAAUUUAUUAAAAACUUAAGUAAUGUGUAGUUAAAUAAUUAACAUAAUGUUGCCGCCAAAAGACGUUGGCAAUGAAUUGCCAGGUUUCGAAGCCCCUCAUGAAGAUAUAACAAAAAAAGAUGGACCAAGUAACAAAAAGAAGAAAAAUUCAGGAGGCUUUCAAUCUAUGGGCUUUAGCUUUCCAGUUCUAAAAGGAAUAACCAAGAGAGGCUAUAAACAGCCCACACCAAUUCAAAGAAAAACAAUACCAAUAGCACUUGAGAACAAAGAUGUUGUGGCCAUGGCUCGCACGGGGUCUGGAAAAACAGCCUGUUUCGUACUACCCAUACUUGAGAAGCUCACCUCGCAAGCACAUAAAGCCAUGCCUGGCAAAAACAUGAGAGCUCUUAUUCUAUCUCCAACUAGGGAAUUGGCUUUACAGACUAUUCGUUUUGUCCGAGAACUAGGCAAGUUUACUGGACUAACAUCAGCAGCUAUAUUGGGAGGAGAAUCAAUUGACAGUCAGUUUGCCAUAAUGUCUGGCAAUGUACCUGAUAUUGUAGUGGCUACUCCGGGACGUUUCCUGCACAUAUGUAUUGAGAUGAACCUCAAAUUAGACAAUAUCAAGGUUGUAGUAUUCGACGAAGCGGACAGGCUAUUUGAGCUUGGUUUCGGAGAGCAACUACAAGAGAUAGUCGCAAGAUUGCCCACAAGUCGUCAAACAUUGUUGUUUUCUGCGACGCUACCUAAAAUGCUUGUUGAGUUCGCUAGAGCUGGUCUAACAGAUCCAGUGUUAAUACGAUUGGACGUUGAUUGGAAACUGCCUUCAACAUUAUGGCUGGGUUGGAUUUAUGUGAGGGCUGAGUUGAAAACGGCAGCGCUCUUGCUUUUACUAGACAGAGUGUUGACUCCCACCACUCCGCAGGCAGUUGUUUUUGCUGCUACUAAACAUCAUGUGGAAUAUUUACAUUUAAUACUAAAACAAGCAGGCAUAACCUCCACCUAUGCUUACUCGGGUCUCGAUCCAUCUGCCAGGAAGAUAGCUCUCGGCAAGUUCACAAAUAAGAAAUGUUCAGUUCUUAUUGUUACUGAUGUAGCGGCCAGAGGGUUGGACUUGCCGUCACUGGACACUGUCAUCAAUUAUAACUUCCCCGCUAAGCCGAAACUGUUUGUGCAUCGAGUUGGUCGUAGUGCUCGUGCCGGGCGGGCGGGACGUGCGUUGUCCUUAGUGGCUGCUGAAGAACUAGCACAUCUAUUGGACUUGCAACUUUUCCUUGGAACCGAUUUGAUACCGCCAAAUCAGAUUGAAGAGACUGGCACAGACUGUCCCAGUGGAGUCUGGGGUUCGAUGCCGAUUAGUUUAUUAGAGCUCAGACACCAGGAUGUUAUGGCGUGGGAGAAGAAUUACUCGGAAAUAGAAGACGCCAGUCGAGUAUGCGGCCGUGGUUGGCAACAAUAUAUAAAAUGGCGGGAACCAGCUUCAGCAGAUGCAAACAAACGUGCGAAACAGUUGACCCCGCCCACCGCGCCACACCCCUUUGUGAUUGACCAAUCAGAGCGCGCUGCUGACGAGCUUGUGGAGCAGAUAAAGAACUUUCGACCUAAAGGCACGAUAUUAGAGCUAACAGGACGAAACGAUUCUCCAAUGUACCUAGCAAUGAAAGCCAAGAGGCGUGUUCACGGCAAAACCGUACAAAAGACUAGAAGCAAUAAGGAUGGACAGGGUGAACUAGAAAUCUUGAAUCAAAAUGGAUCAGAAAGUUCAGAAAAGAAUAAAAAGAAGAGGAAAGCAGUGGUUCGCGAUGAAAACUAUAUACCACACUUUGCAAGUGAUCAACACACUGAAUCUGGUAUGUCAGUGAACUUCGCGAGUAACGCUGCGCAGGCGCAACUGGACGUGGUUGCGGACUGUGGGGACGGGGCGAGGGCCAACCGCGCGCAACUGCGCUGGGACAGGAAGAGGAAGAAGAUGGUGCACGUUGAUCCGGACGGCGGUCGCAAAAUGAUCCGCACGGAGAGCGGCGGGCGCGUGCCCGCGUCCUACCGCAGCGGGAAGUACGACGAGUGGAAACGACGCAACCAUGCGGACGGGGAUGUGACGGGGCAGAAGCUGCCAUCAGAGUUCCGUCCCCGCUGGGUGAAACACAACGAGCGUGUAUCAAAGAAAAUGCACGGAACUAACGAAAUGAGAGAUUCGCAGCAAAUCGUCAAGGAGAGGAUACGAAAGGACAAGAUCAAACAGAAACUGAAACACAAGGGAAAGGGAAAAGGCAAAGGGAAAGGCAAAAAGAGAAAGUGAUGUGUAUAAUAAAUGUGAGAUUUGAA